GCUCCCGGGCGCGAAGCGGAGAGGCCGACGGCGGCAGCCAAACCCUCCGCGCGCGGGCGCGCGGGCAUGCGGACAGCUACUCGGCCGGUCCUGGCGCUCGGGCUCCCGGAAGCGGAAGGGGAGCGCGGCCCGGCUUGGGCGGCGGCGGCAAAGGAGGAGGGCGAAGAGCCGCUGGCGGUCGCGGCAGCAGCGGCGGCGAGAGCGGAGCCAGCCGGCCCCGGUUCUCAUGGAGAACUGUUAUUGAAGAGAAAUCCAUUUGAUGCGAAGAAAUUUUUAAAAGAAUGAAUCAAGAUAAAACUUUUAAAUGCAAGUACCAGAAAAAUUACAACACAUUUCCGUGAAUUUACAAGUGGAUCAUCUUCCCUUGUGGGUUGGCAGGCAAUUAUAGGACUGUAAAAUGGGUCUUCGGAUUCACUUUGUUGUUGACCCACAUGGUUGGUGCUGCAUGGGUUUGAUUGUUUUUGUUUGGUUAUACAAUAUUGUUAUAAUUCCCAAAAUUGUCCUGUUUCCUCACUAUGAAGAAGGACAUAUUCCAGGCAUAUUAAUAAUAAUAUUCUAUGGCAUUGCCAUAUUUUGUCUGGUUGCCUUAGUGAGGGCCUCAAUAACUGACCCAGGAAGACUGCCGGAGAACCCCAAGAUCCCACAUGGAGAAAGAGAGUUGUGGGAAUUAUGUAACAAGUGUAAUUUGAUGAGACCAAAGCGUUCCCAUCACUGCAGCCGCUGCGGCCACUGUGUAAGGAGAAUGGAUCAUCACUGUCCGUGGAUUAACAAUUGUGUUGGUGAAGAUAACCAUUGGCUUUUUCUGCAGUUGUGUUUCUACACUGAGCUUCUCACUUGCUACGCACUGAUGUUUUCUUUCUGCCACUACUACUAUUUUCUUCCACUCAAAAAGCGUAAUUUGGACCUCUUUGUUGUUAGACAUGAAUUGGCCAUAAUGAGACUAGCUGCUUUUAUGGGCAUUACUAUGUUAGUUGGAAUAACUGGACUCUUUUAUACGCAACUGAUUGGCAUCAUUACAGAUACAACAUCGAUUGAAAAGAUGUCAAACUGUUGUGAAGAAAUAUCGAGGCCCCGAAAGCCAUGGCAGCAGACCUUCUCAGAAGUUUUUGGCACUCGUUGGAAGAUCCUGUGGUUCAUUCCUUUCAGGCAGAGGCAACCACUGCGAGUUCCCUACCACUUUGCCAAUCAUGUCUAAACAGAUGGAUGGUGGGCACAGAUGGGUCCUCCAUGCUGGAAAUGCGUUACAGGUUUUAUGAUAAUAGAACUAUGACAGUCUUCAAGUCAAUUAAAAUCCACCCACCAAUCUUAGGCAUCAUAAUGUGCCCCAGGCUUUAUUUUAAUAGUGAUCUUGAUCCUGUUGUGGGACUAAUGCAAGAUCUAUAUUUAAGUUUUAAAGCAUGUUUACUUUCAGAUUAGCUUUCCACGGGGAUUUCUUUAAAUGCUUUUGUUAGUAAACUCAAAAGGCAGUGAUUUGGAUGAAAUAAUUGUACAUAAUUUCUUUUGGUACUGACAAUGUUACAGAUUUUAAUUUAAAGAAAAUCUCAGAUGUUAAUUUAAAAUCUUCAUUUUUAAGUAGUACUAACAGAUCUGGAUUGAAUUCUUUGUAUUUUACAAAUGUUGAUAUACCUCCUUACAGUAGAUGUAAAUUUUCUUUUUUCAAAUGCAGCAUAAAAUACUUAAUACUUCCUCUUCUAUGUGCUGCAAAAACUGUAGCAUAGGAGUGAACAACAGCAGGGAGAGCCUUGUACUGUUUUCUCAUUUUUUCCUUUACCAGAACCAAAAUAAAAAUAUGACUAAUAUAAAACACCAACUACCUACCUUAUUAUAAAGAUUAAAUUUUUUUCACAUUAAUUUUCUCACUUCUUUUCUCCUUAUUGUGGUAAUUAUUGAUUGUUGUUAAAAUAUCUGUUCCCAGAAGAAAUUUGUGAACAGUGGGAUGGUAUUCCUAGUUUACCCUAAGAUUUUAAUGAGCAAAAAGUCUAGAAAAUUUGCAAUAAUUUGACAGUUACUUUUUCUAGUGUAGUUAUAUUAGAAGGCAUAAUUUUUCUAAAUGCUAGUAAAACUAGAUAAUAUAUAAUGUACAAUAUGAAGAGGAGGAAUAUUGUGCUUCUGAAAAAACAUACUUUUUACUUUUAUUAAUCUACUGGUAAAUCUAAAAUUAUACAUUGAAGGUUUAUAAAUAAUAGAUAUUGGUCAGUUUGUUGAAAUUUUAUUUAUAGGAAGUUAUUCAUAAGUUGCUAACAUUUGUAUACUAUAGUCACUGAACUUAAAUGAAAUUUUAAUUGGCCAGCAAGAAUUUGUGUUGAGAGACCUUUUGUUGGAAGGUACUAUUAUAAAAUGACCUUAAAAUAAGAAAAUAUUAUCUGUAUUUAUCAUUAGACUUGCAUAAAUUUAAAUUGCUAAUAGUGAUGAUCUCUUGAAAAGCAUAGAACAUAUGUGUGAAAACACAUUCAGUAUGCUUUGAAAAAAAAUUCAGCUUUCAAUUUUUUUCCAUGAGAAUACUGCAAAAUGUCAUAUAUCUUUUUUAAACAUUUAUGUACUCACAGUCUUCCUUGAAGAGAAAAUUGAAAGAAUCUCCUGUAUUCAUAUUUCCCUUUUAGUGAGUUUUGAAAUUAAAGAAUCAUCCCUGAGAAAUAAUGAAAGGUUACCAUUUUCAGCAAUUAUCUAUACUGUGGUUAGUUCUCUCAGAAAUUGUAAAUAUCAUUGAAAAUAUUCUGAAAUAAUAGUGUACGCUCUUCUCAGAUACUAAUACCAUGCUUUUCAUGUUAUUAUUAUAGUGCUUUAUUGCUUAAAACCUUAGAAGGGGCAGAUGAAAGUAUUUAUUGGUGCAUAGUAAAUUUAAUAUAAGAAAUAUAUUUAUAAAACAUAAACACAAAUUAUUGUGUUUGUGUCUAGAGAAUGGGUUGAAUUUUGUACAGGGUGACCAAAUUUGGCCUUGUGACAGAACUGUUAAAAGGAAGUAAUGUAUAGAUAAGGUAGGUCGGUUAUUAGUUGAAUGCCUGAUGUUGUAUACCUUCGUUUUGAAUAAAGACGUUGAGAACACAGCA